CCCCAUUAUCCAAGCGACAGAUCCCGCGAUCAUACCAUCAUUAGUGGGUUGGCUACCACAAUUCCCCCGCAAUCAUAUGCUUGGUGUAUAGUUUCGCUUACCUCGAACCACCUCUCAGGCUAGAAAGCCAUCCAUUUCCCCCUCGUCAGCAACCCCACCAUCAGUAAUCUAGUACACUAAGCAAACAACUCCACAUCAUGGCAUUUGCGGGGCAGACACCCACAAUCAUUGUGCUCAAGGAGGGAACCGACGCAUCACAGGGUCGUGGUCAAAUAAUUUCCAACAUCAACGCGUGUCUGGCUGUCCAGAGCACCAUCAAGAGUACUUUAGGCCCCUAUGGCGGUGAUCUCCUAUUAGUUGAUGCCAAUGGUAGGCAGACCAUUACAAAUGAUGGAGCUACCGUGAUGAAGCUAUUGGACAUCGUACACCCCGCUGCGAGGAUAUUGACAGAUAUCGCAAGAUCGCAGGAUGCUGAGGUUGGAGAUGGAACUACCUCCGUGGUGGUAUUAGCUGGCGAAAUACUCAAAGAGAGCAAAACCUUUAUCGAAGAAGGUGUCAGCUCUCAGAUUAUUAUCAAGGGUUUCAGGACUGCUGCUAGGCUGGCGGAGAAUAAGAUCAAGGAGAUUGCAGUACGGAUUGAGAAGGGUGACCGGCGCGAUACUUUGUUGAAACUGGCUACAACAGCCAUGUCUUCGAAGUUGAUCAAAUCUAAUUCGAGCUUCUUCUCGAAGAUGUGCGUUGAUGCGGUUAUGUCAUUGGACCAGGAAUUACUGAGUGAGAAGCUUAUUGGUAUCAAGAAGGUUCCCGGUGGCGGUUUGCAAGACUCACUGUUCGUCAAUGGUGUCGCAUUUAAGAAGACUUUCUCUUACGCCGGUUUUGAACAACAACCUAAAUCUUUCAAGAACCCAAAGAUUGUAUGCUUAAAUGUUGAGUUGGAGCUGAAGAGCGAGAAGGACAACGCCGAAGUCCGAGUAGAGCAGGUUUCGGAAUAUCAGGCAGUAGUAGAUGCGGAAUGGCAAAUAAUUUUUCAGAAGAUGGAGGCUUUGGCCAAUACAGGAGCUAAAAUUGUUCUCUCGAAACUGCCUAUAGGUGAUCUUGCAACACAGUACUUUGCGGAUAGAGAUAUCUUCUGUGCUGGGCGAGUUGCCUCUGAAGAUAUGGACCGUGUCAUCCAAGCUGUUGGUGGUGCUAUACAAUCCACUUGCUCGGAUAUCCGUGAGGAACAUCUGGGAAGCUGCGAGCACUUUGAGGAGCGACAGAUCGGUGGUGAGCGUUACAAUUUCUUCGAGGGCUGCCCAGAAGCAAAGACUUGCACACUUGUACUCCGUGGAGGAGCAGAGCAGUUCAUUGCAGAGGUGGAGCGUUCUCUUCACGACGCCAUCAUGAUUGUUAGGAAAGCAAUCAAGAACGAUUACAUCGUCGCCGGAGGUGGUGCUAUUGAGAUGGAGCUCUCAAAAUACCUCCGCGAGUACUCGCGCACUAUCGCUGGUAAACAGCAAUUGAUCAUUGGCGCUUUUGCAAAGGCUCUUGAGAUCAUUCCGAGACAGCUAUGCGACAAUGCUGGCUUUGAUGCUACGGAUAUCCUCAACAAGCUUCGGAUGCGUCAUGGAAAAGGCGAGACUUGGGCUGGUGUGGACAUUGUUAACGAGGGCAUUGCCAACAACCUGGAAAGGUUUGUCUGGGAGCCUACUGCGGUUAAAGUCAAUGCUAUACAGGCAGCGACCGAGGCUGCAUGCUUAAUUUUAUCAGUCGACGAGACUGUCAAGAACCAGGAAUCAGAGCAACCCCAAUCUGGACCUCCGAUGCCUCGUGGAGCAGCUCAGCGAGCUUUAAGAGGAAGGGGAAGAGGGAUGCCCCGACGGUAGAGGGUAAAUGGGUUAUUCCAAAGGCAGUAGUGAUGAGCGACAUGCACCUACACGGAUAUUGAAAAUUGGAUGUGUUCAUAGAUAAAAGCAAACCAUUACUUCACGAUCAAAAGG